CUAUUUAAGUAUUUAUCUUCGGCAAGAGAGAACACGCAAGACAAGCAAAAAUGGCGUCAACACAGUGCAAAAAGCAUUUUAUUCUGGUGCAUGGUUCUUGCCAUGGCGCUUGGUGCUGGUACAAGCUCAAGCCACGUCUGGAAUCCGCCGGCCACCGUAUCUCAGUGGUGGACCUGGCGGCUUCCGGCAUCCACCCCGCCAAAAUCGAAGACCUACAUUCGUUGUCGGAUUACUCUGAGCCUCUGUUGAAGCUGUUGGCCUCCCUCCCCGCCGGCGAUGAGAAGGUGGUUCUCGUCGGACACAGCUAUGGAGGCAUGAACUUAGCCCUCGCCACCGACCUCUUCCCGGAGAAAGUAGCCGUUGCCGUUUUCUUAACCGCCUUUCUUCCAGAUACCCAUCACAGACCAUCCCAUGUCUUAGAAAAGUUUCUAGAGAACAUUCCAAAUGAUGCAUGGUUAGACACAGAGCUCUCUGAUGGUGGGAUUAUGUUGUUAGGUCCCAAGUUCUUGUCCUCUUAUCUUUAUCAACUCUGCUCCCAAGAGGAUGUGGAAUUGGCAAAGACAUUGAUGAGGCCAUCAUCGUACUUUGUAGAAGACUUGUCUAAAGCGAAAAAGUUCAGUGAAGAGGGAUAUGGAUCAGUCCCGCGAGUUUUCAUGAUCUGCAAUCAGGAUCUGGGAAUCACAAUGGAAUUUCAGCUAUGGAUGAUCCAAAAUGCUGGUGUUAAUGAAGUCUUAGAACUCAAAGACGCAGAUCAUAUGGCUAUGCUUUCUAAGCCUCAAGAGCUUUGCGAACUUCUCCUCCAAGUUGUUUCUAAGUUCGCUUAAAUCCAAUGUUGCUGUGUUGCGUUUCUCUUUCGUUUCUGUUUACAAUGGAUUGGACAGAUCAAGAGACAGAAACAUCAAUAAAUUGGAUUUCCCUGCAACUGUGCACAUGCAUGAGCAUAUUGUGUGUUUUUAGUUUACAGCUUUGUCAAAAAAGAAAAAAAAAACUAUUAUAAAUAUUAUAUCAUGAAUGUCCAUAACUCAUAACCCUUAAGAUUCUUUUAUCUUUAAUGUCCUCAUUAAUAGCGUAGAAGGAGUUUUUUAGUCUUAAUAGCUUAUAACCUUCAAAAGUUACAUAAUGCACCAUUAUAUGUCUCAUUAUAUCUUUAUAACAUUAAGAUAGAACUUGAAUGGUUGGAAGUCUAU